AUGGCGCCAACAGUCUCCGCUCCCUCGCCCAGGCCAGUCCCUUGCUGGCGCCCCCGUGAGCACUACCUUUCCCGGCACGCAGAGGAAGCCCCCGCCAAGGACACACCCGAGAGGCCCUUCCUGCAGCUGAAGGAGACCCGUGCGAUGUCCGACGCCGACACGGAGGGCAGCGCGAACACCGGGCGCAGCAGCGAUGCCCAGAGGGCGAACUCGCUGACGUCCUCGGAGAGCGACGGCCCGAGGAUCGUCGUCCAAACCACCAGCGAGGAGGACGAGGACGAGGACUACGAGACCUCGCCAAACCCGCCCCUCCCGCACCUGCUCAGCGUGCUGGGGGCGGAGUCCGUCACGUCCACCGACGUCGGCUCGGACUACACGAGCGAGGGCGGCGAGUCGGGCCAGGAGAUCGACCCGAAGAGCGUGACGCCCCAGCUGAUGCGGGCGCUGGUCAAGCAGGUCGAGGAGUACCUCAGCGACGAUGGCCUCACCAAGGACCUGUUCCUGCUGAAGCACGUGAAGCGCCAUCGCGAGGGCUUCGUGUCGCUGAAGCUCCUUUCCGGAUACAAGAAGAUCAAGAAGCUGUCGCGCGACUGGCGCGUGCUGGCGCUGUCGCUCCGCACGUCGCUGGCGCUGCAGCUGAACGAGGAGGGCACGAAGGUGCGGCGGGUGGCGCCCCUGCCCGAGGCCCUGCGCUGCGAAACGCCCACGUCCCGCGCCAUCAUCGCCGUCAACGUCCCCACCGAGCACGCGUCCAUGGAGGGCCUCGCCACCCUGUUCGGCGUGUACGGCCCCGUCUCGUCGCUACAGGUGAUGCGGCCGAAGCCCGGCGGAGGCCUGCCCCCCGAGCUGCAGCCCCUGGCGGCGCGGGUGCCGGAGGUCAGCUCCUCGACCUGCGCGAUCAUAGAGUACGAGGACGUGUGGGGGGCGGCGCGCGCCCUGCAGGAGCUGGACGACCCCAAGAUCAGCCUGCACGUAUUCCGCCGCGCCCGCAGGUCCGAGCGGAAGUCCUCCCCGACGCCGAACUCGACCCCGAGGCUGCACAGCAAGUGCGAGUUCGGCGUGUCGGCGGAGGAGCUGCGCUCGCGGCUGAAGGGCAGCAAGUCGCGGCUGGCGCACCUCAGGGGCGAGUCGAGCAACUCGGAGGGCGAGGACGGCUCCAACUACCAGCGCAUGCGGUCCUGGCGCCAGAGUCCCUCUUGUCUCACGCCGCAGCCCAUCGUCCUCCACCACCGCCGCGCCUGCAGGCCCGGCAGCGCGUCCGUGCCCUCCUCGCCGGCCUCGUUCCGGCGCGUCCUCCAGCAGCAGCAGCAGGCCCAGGGCGUCACGCGAGAGCCAAGAGGACCUGACGGCACGCGGGGAUUCGCGAGGGUUCGCACAUGA